CAACAACAUGAUGUCAUCUUCAGUGAUCGUCCACCGGGUAGACCUACCGUAGAGUUUCGACAUAAUGUCGCAUAAAAUUAGUGUAUAAUAUCAAACAAUGGCUGAUCAGCCUCUUGAACCAAGUGUUUCUGUUGAGUACCAGUAUUUACUUCAAGCCAUUACAACGUGCGCCGCUCCAGUUGUCCAUCAACUUGUUCGACAGUUGCCGGGUCUUGUAAAUCAAAAAGGGUGGAGUGGUCAUACACCGUUACAUAAGGCAUCACUGGGAGGGGACUGGACCAUCAAUUAUCUCUUGUUAGAAGCUGGUGCUGAUCCAAACUGCUGUAAUGAUAACCAGGAGACUCCAUUACACUAUGCUUGUAAGCGAGGUGAUGUGUCAGUCGUUCACCUAUUCGUGCAGCACAAAGGUGACCUGACGGCAUUGGAUAAGCAGGGCAAUGGAAUGAUGCACUUUGCUGCCACAACCAGUAGUGUGUACGUUUUUCAUUAUCUGCACUCCAUCCAUGGCUUAUCGUUCCGAGAACUCAACCAUGAUCAGCAAACACCCCUCCAUAUUUGCUGUGAUAGUGGAAGCUCAGAUAUUGCUGUGAAGUAUUUGUUGCGGAAGGAAAGAAGUGAUCUGUUGAAGAAAGAUAGAUCAGGUAACACCCCUCUUCACAUGGCAGCCAAUCAGGGCCAUGCAUUCUUGUCAUGGCUCCUCCUACUUGCAGGAGGUUUUCAACUAUUACAUGUCACAAACAACAAGGGUCAGACCCCAGGUGACUUGGCACAAGCAGGAUCCAAGUUUACACAUAAAAAUCUUGCACCGGUGUUGGCGAAGCUUGCUAAGCAACCAAGGACGGAGUUCCCCAAAGGACCAAUAUUGCUCUGGUAUUGGUACCUCCUAAUGCCAUCCAUACUGUACGCAGCCACUGUUGUCAUUGCUCAAAUAAUUGAUGCCCCUUACCAGGGUUAUGUGAUCCUGGUAGGUCUGGGCUGUAUUGUAUUCAUGCUACGUAGUCACAGCCACAGGAUUAUGCACAUCAGCAGGUGGCCCAAUCCAGUAUAUGCAGGAACAUUUGGAGCUGGCCUCCUUCAUACCUUCAUCAUUUACGUCUACCAAAUACUCCCAGAAAUCUACCAUUACCACGUACUGACACUCGUCUCGGCAGCUUUAGCGGCUACUACUCUAUAUCUUUAUUUUAGAUUGCUUCAUGAUAAUCCAGGUGUGACAAGAACAUCAGCAUUUAAAGAUAACAGCAGAGAGCUGAUGACAAUGCUAGACAUUGUGGGUCCACCACCCAAGCUGGGGCUCUUCUGCCCAGACUGUGAGAUAGUCCACUCUGUGCGCACUAAACACUGUCGUCUGUGUGAGCAUUGCUUUGAGGAGAUGGAUCAUCAUUGCCUGUUUCUGCUGAACUGUGUGGCUAAGAACAACCACCUGAUGUUUGUCUGGUUCCUCAUUGUGCUCAGUGUUAGCAUGCUUGUGUUUGUCAUCAAUGCUGUUGUCUACUGCUCAGAAAUGUACAGAUCACACGUAACAACCGACCUGUUUGGCGACCUUUUUAAGGCUGAUGCAUGGUUGCUCAGCUUGGUCGGACUGAAUGUGGUCUCAUCGUUUUGGAGUAUCAACUUAGUAAGGUUUCAGUUGAAUCUGGUGUCUCUGGGACUAACCACUUUCCUGAGGCCCUCCAAUACAGACACUGUUCUCACCAGCACAGAGAGAGUCAUUAAUGCCAUCUACUUUCUCCAAGGCAAACCUAUAUUUGUGAAAGAUCCUCUGUUUGAUGUUUAGAUUUGUACCAGAACAUCAUGUGACUUACAGCAAAGUCAGAUAUUAAAAAUGCAAUUAUUAAAUGUUUUUGAGGAUUUUAUUUCCUGUAUGACUGUCUAUAUAUUCCAGUCACAUACGUUUACAAUGUAAUCAACAUAUUUUUCAUGGUCACUUAUUCCAAGCUAUUGUGCCAAUACCCUAAGAAAUCCUUUUAUGAAUGAAUAUUUGAUCCUGUUUCCGAUAUGAUACUUACAAGUGACAGGCGUAAUUUUAUGUUUAUAUCCUCGCACCUGAGAACUGAGUGUAAUAACAGUGUCAAAGUGAACUCAAACAGCCAUUUUUAGUGAAACUUCAUGUAAUCUCAUACUGGCCUCUUCUGCAAGUAGAACCACCAAAUGACACAGUUAUGAUAUUAUCCAAAUUAUGUCUGAACGCAGCUACUUAACAUCUGUGGGGUCGUACGAAGUUACAAAUGUAGACUAUAAUAAAGUUGCAAUGAUUUUGGAUGGAUAUCUUAAGAGACUGUCAGACAAAUGAAUUACUGGCAUAUGUGAUCACACUUGUCACAUAGCAUUAUAGUGCAUUUUACCAAAUUAUUACACUGUAUACUGUUUUGCUGUUUGAAAUAUGAAGAUCUUCCAAAAUAUUCAUGAAAUGUUUUUGUAAGUUGUUUAAAACAGAGUAUGACAGGCAAGAACUUAAAUGUACAUAAAAGUCACAUAUCUUGUUUUAGAUUUAAUGUUUUAUGAUUAUUUUUUUUAUAGUAAAUCACUUAAUCUGUUGGCCUACGUAGGAGUUUUUCAGGCACUGUUUUUCUCCUUCCGUAUAUAGGUGAAAUAUUCUUGAUUGAGUCAUUUACCCCCAAUCAUGUAAACAUGUGGGAGAAAUUCAUAUUCCUUACAGCGCAUUUGCCUCUUUCUAGGAUUGCUUUACAUCACUGCCACCACUAACAAAUUUUGUACAGAAAUCUGGAACAGCUGGGGUCAUGGUGAUGAAACAGGAAAUAAUAUCAAAUGAUACAAGCAUCUGUCUCAAAGUUUGAUUCUAAUAAUACUUGACACAACUGCAUUCUUUUGAUAUAACAUAAUUUGAAUGGAUACCUGAAAUAAUUUUAUUGAUGAAUGCUCAUUAUUAGUUCAAGUGAUGGGACUAAGCCUAAACCUGCCCACGUCAUGUCAUGCGUCACCCAGACUCCAAAUGUCAAGCUUAUCUAACGGUGUUAGUGAUUCAAAGCAUAGAGGGGCACGGGCGCAGUAUGGGAUGGUCUGAGGGGAGACAACCUUUGUACAGAUGUCCCCAUCGGACUGGCCGAAGACUCCCUUCUUCAGACAAUUGCCUUGUGUUGAAUUUUUAUAUUCAAACCCAGUAUUCUAUUCAUGUAUAGUGUUGAAAUAGUUACAUAUAUUGUAAAUUUGCUGGUAAAAGUAAAUGUUAUUUAUUUCAUUGGUGCUUUUUGAUAUACUCAAGAAUAUUUCACUUACUGUGUAUGACUGUGGCCAGCAAAUCUCAAACUCAUAAAGCUUGCUGGGGUUUUGUUUUGUGGACAUCUGAGGAUGUUUAAAACUAGAACGUCAGUCUGCUUGACAUUCUUCUUACAGUAUGCAAGAAAUUGUAAUGUGAUGUACAGAGGCUUAGUUGAUAUUCCUUCAAACCACAAUAGAUGGGGGUGUCUUUGUUUUCAUUAUGCUUGUAUCCAAUACAUGUAUAUGCAAAUGACAAUCAUGAUAUUGGUGAAUAGAUACCAUGUAGUACAGAACUAUCUAUUGGGAGGAAUCAAUGUCAUAAUGACAUUUCUUUGUAACUGGAAAUCAAUUUCUAGAAGUAGUGAGCGAAAUCACUUUACUAUGCUCCGUCAGCAAAUGUGUGUUUACCUGAUGAAGGUUUUAUAUGGUCAUUCAACAGAUACAUCAGCUGAUAUGUUAUGUACCAAAAGAAAUGAUUUUCUACCAGUUGUGUCUGACUUCUAUAGGUACAAAUAUAACUUACCUAUGUGUAGGUGUGGCCAACAAAGGAAUCCAGACAUAUCAAUUCAUUGGAGGCUAGGAACAUUUGUGAUCCAUUAAAAUGCAUCUAUUGAACAUACACAAUCAAUUUCAAACUUCGAAAUUGUAAACUUUUCUGAUACACACAUAAAUUUAUAUUAUCAGGGCUAGUAUUCUUGACUUCUUCUUGAUUUUAUGAUUACAUAUAAAUACAUAUGCAUGCAUGAGCCGUCCUGUAAGUAUAAUUCUCCAGCUUACAUAUAGGGGUAUAUGUACCAGUGGAUGAAAUAAGUUG